AUGAACGUGACGAGCUUGUUCUCCUUCACAAGCCCAGCUGUUAAAAGACUGCUAGGAUGGAAGCAAGGGGACGAAGAGGAAAAAUGGGCUGAGAAAGCUGUCGAUGCCCUAGUAAAAAAACUGAAGAAGAAAAAAGGAGCAAUGGAAGAGUUGGAGAAGGCAUUGAGCUGCCCAGGUCAGCCCAGCAACUGUGUCACAAUUCCUCGUUCGCUGGAUGGGAGGCUCCAGGUGUCCCAUCGGAAAGGGCUGCCCCAUGUAAUUUAUUGCCGUGUGUGGCGCUGGCCUGAUCUGCAGAGCCAUCAUGAACUUAAACCACUGGAAUGCUGUGAGUUUCCCUUUGGUUCAAAGCAGAAGGAAGUUUGCAUCAAUCCCUAUCACUAUAAGCGAGUGGAAAGUCCUGGUAGGUAUCUUCGUGUAUACUUUGAUUUUAUUAGCUUACGCAAUGCCUUUUCCCAACAGCUCAACUGCAAUCAGAUUUAAGAUUAUAGGACUGCUAAACUAGAGAAAUAGAAUGCACAGCUUGUUGGGAGUAGAUCCUAGAAUCAUAAGAGUUGGAAGGGACCCUGAGCAUCAUCUAGUCCAGCCCCCUGCUAUGCAGGAUUAUACAGCUGUCCCUUACGGGGAUCGAACCUGCAGCCUUGCCAUUAUCAGCACCACACUCUAUCCAAUGGAACUAUCUCAGUUAUCUUAGUUAUACUACUGAACCAUCUUAAGACAGUAGCGCGCCACAUCUAUGCUUACUCAUGUAUUCAAGAUAGAUUCUGGUACUUGUAGGGCAUAAUAAACUGAUAUACUUCACUCUCUCCUUGUACAUUAUAGCUGUAAUCUCUGUGUUACAAAUACUAUGUGACUCUUAAAAAAAUCAGUAGGUUAGUAAUGGCUCCCUGUGGUAGAGGAAGUGAAAGUAAAACUUGCAGUGGCAUAUGACCUUCAGCAGUGCAUUCUGCUAAGCAGUGAAAUAAACUAGCUGCUUUGAUGACUAUGUGUCUGGGACUGUUGACUUCCUAUAUUAGACCUGGGUGCAGCAGGGAUCUUGUUGGAAGCCAGCCUCAAGUUGUCUGUCCCACAUUGGGGAAAACUGCUCAAAAGCUCAUGAGAAUAGUAGAUCUGUUGCCCUUGCAAGAACUGAAUAAAUCUUUCCCUAGUUCCACACUAGAUUUUAGUACACCUGGUGUUUUUAUAAGAGAUUAUAAACAUUGAAUGAGAGGGGCAGAACUGAUUCCAUAGUUGUGCACUGUUUUGGGGCUGUGUAGCAAAUAGGGACACGGGUGGCGCUGUGGGUAAAACCUCAGCGCCUAGGACUUGCCGAUCGCAUGGUCAGCGGUUCGAAUCCCCGCGGCGGGGUGAGCUCCCGUUGUUCGGUCCCAGCUCCUGCCCACCUAGCAGUUCGAAAGCACCCCUAAGUGCAAGUAGAUAAAUAGGUACCGCUUUAUAGCGGGAAGGUAAAUGGCAUUUCUGUGUGCUGCUCUGGUGCCAGUUCGCCAGAGCAGCUUCAUCACGCUGGCCACGCGACCCGGAAGUGUCUGUGGACAGCGCUGGCUCCCGGCCUCUAGAGUGAGAUGAGCGCACAACCCUAGAGUCUGUCAAGACUGGCCUGUACGGGCAGGGGUACCUUUACCUUUACCUUUACUAGCAAAUAGGUAGGUGGUUGCGCAGUAAAUCUAUUUUCCAUAACCACAUUUGGAAAGCUAGUGUAAUUUUUGUUCAGUGAAUUACUUUGAUAGACCAGAACUGGUUCUCUCUCCGCUUUAAACUGGAGGACGGAGAGAGAUUGCUAUGGAUAAAAGUUGCAGGGAGUAUCCCAAUUAUUCCAAGUAUCCCAAUUUGCAUACUUGAGCUCCAGAAAACUGUACUAUAGAUAUUUUGUGUGUGUGUGUGUGUAUGGGGGGGGGUGAACACUGUGAAAAGUGAUAUGCCAUUUGGAAAGCUGAGACUGCUAACUGCAGCUGAAGGGCAGGAGUAACUUAAAACUGGCAAUUCAAAGCUUGGAGAAUCCAAGCUUUAUCAGCAUGCUUCCUGGUAAGAUUGCUGCAUAUAUGUAGAGACGGGAGGAGGAAGAAGUGAUAGGGGAAGCUUGUCGUCAUCUGGCAAACACUCCAGCACAAUUGUCGGAAAGAAGUGCCUUGCGCAGGCAUGUCUGUAACAGCUAGCUAUAACGGACUAUACAAAGCCAUGGGCUGUGUACACAAAAGUGUUGUAGUUUAAAAGACUAUGCUAAGUCUAACUAGCUGAUUUUUGGUAAAUAUUUAAACAUGCCUUUGACUCUAAUGUAAUAAGGGAUCAUGUUUGUCUCCUCCUGGAACUGUAAGGAUGUGUAUUCUGGACUUGGAAACUUUGUGUUUUGUGAAGUCUUUUGUUUUGUAAUGCAAAGGUAGCAGUCCUUCAGUGACUACCUUUUGACUUCAAACUAAUUCUUUCCUUUUACAGAUCCUAAAUAUUGUAUGCCUCAGUACAGCAAACUUCCAAGUAAUUACACUUAACACAGUCUACUCCUCCCAGGCUGGGCUUCUCUCGUAUCUGCAUUUUCAAGUUAACAAUUUAAAUGACUAACGCAGGUGUGCUCUAGUCAUAUUUGGAAGACUCAAGUGCACUCUUUUGACCUUAGGAUUAAAUUGCAAAAGGAAGAAAGAACAAGCAAUUUAGCUAAUUUGUUAAUGUGCUGAAAUUCAUUUUAAUUGGAUAUAACCACCAGAUUAAGAGCUGUAGCUCUCUUACCUUGUUAUCUGUCCUGGAAGUAGGGUUGCAAAUCUUUUCCUCCCUCUCCCACUGGCAGCAGAGUUUUUUUCAAUAAUUCUACCACAUGGAUAAAUCUGUAGGUUAAGUUCUUAAACAUUGAGGUGUAAGCUUGGAACCCCUCUGCAUGUAGUUUAGGCAGGUGGUGGAAGGCAGUAAGUUUCAAGCAGAACAAAGAAAAACUGGCAAUCUUCUUGGUAUAUGUAUCUGCCAUGCUAAUUCUUCCUUCCUAAAUUGGAGGAUGCCUUGUCACACCUGAGCAAAGAGUGGUUUUACUUUUUAAAAAUAUUAUUAAUAUUACAUUUAUAUCCUACCUUUGUUCCCAAGAGAGUCCAUUUUCCUGGGUAAAUAGCUAGUAGUGAUGAUGCUUGUGUGUGUGUGUGUGUGUGUGUGUGUGUAUGUUUGAAAUCCGAUGUAUUCUGUAAACUUGGACAUUUUGGAACACUUGGCUGGUAUGUGCUUUAAAACAUUGAAGACAGAACUGGCUUCUGGUUUCCUUGUAAACUUUCCUUGUAAAGAGCCUCUGGGAUGAAUAAUUUGUCUUGACCUCAGUUUUUGUUGUUCUUGGGACUUGGCCCACUCUAUAGUAAGAGGGGAGGAUAUUAAGGCUCCCCUUAAGAGACACUGUCUGAUUUGCAGUUUUAUUAUAUUACUUAAACGGCCUUCCCUAAACUUUCCUCCAGUUGUUGUUGGGCUCCAACUCCCAUCACUCCAGCCAACAUAGCCAGUGGUCAUGGAUGAAGGGAGUUGCAGUUCAGUGACAUCUAGAGAGCCACAAGUAGGCCAACCUUAAGUAUCUGUGCUAGUAUCUCCUUCGUAGAUAGUGAAAUGAGUGGUUCGGUGUGGUUUUUUUAAGGCACACAUGCACACACAUUUAAUUUAAAUACACACACUUGGUUAGCAGCAACUGUCUCAACAAGCCUUACGUAAAACUCUUAGGUGCUGGGAUAACCUGUUAAAAUAUUUCCUGAACCAAUUUCCUGUAAUGUAUGCAAGUUUUAGCCAGCACACAAGCAAAUAUAAUGUGGAGUAUUGUCAUUAAAAGUUAGGUCUUGAGGUGUACAAUGUAAACCAAAAGUAUAUUUACAUUUUGUGAUGUGAUGCCCUGGAUGAAUCCCUCUAAAAUGCUUGAAAUCAUCUUCUGCAAUAGCGAUGAGCUUCGAUACUGAACUUGGUGUCUUUAAGUGGAUGCCAGUGUAAUUCAUGAGUCAGCAGUGGCUCCAUGGUUUCCAUGACUAAGAACAUAUCUAGGCAUUCAGUCCUCAUGUGAUUUAUUAUCAUGUGGGGGCGAAAAGGAGGAACAUGCUUGCUAGCCUGGCUUCCCUCUUCUCCCAGUCACAUUCCCCUGAUGACCAGUCCCAGCCAUUUUAGUGGGAUUCAUUUAGGGGUAGGUUUUUUAGGGUUUUUUACAUCAGUUGAUGGAAUGAUACACAGUGCUAGAAACUCCUUAAACCAAUGUUACAGUCGCCAAAACGGAAUGUCUGGUUGCCAUUUUUGGGGCAAGGUGGCUCCUGUGUCUUAUUUUUUCAAAUGAUGGACUGAAUGAUUAUCAGUUAAACAUCUGGCUAGUUCAGAUGACAACCUUUCGCUAGGUGAAGAACUAUGAGAACUUAAUGAAGAAAAGUCACUUUAUCCAGGGACAGUCCACAUAUAUAUUGGCCUAUUCCUACCUCUUUCUCUUAAUGGUUACACUGACCAUUCAUAACGUAAGAGUACAGUGGUACCUCGCAAGACGAAUGCCUCGCAAGACGGAAAACUCGCAAAACGAAAGGGUUUUUGGUUUUUUGAGUUGCUUCGCAAGACGAUUUUCCCUAUGGGCUUGCUUCGCAAGACGGAAACGUCUUGCAAGUUUGUUUCCUUUUCUUAAAACCGUUAAUACAGUUGCGACUUGACUUCGAGGAGCAACUCAUAGCACGCGGUGUGGUAGCCUUUUUCAGGUUUUUGAAGACUUUGGUGAUUUUUGAAGCUUUUCCAAAACUUUUCCGACACCGUGCUUCGCAAGACGAAAAAACUGCAAGACGAAAAAACUCGCGGAACGAAUUAAUUUCGUCUUGCAAGGCACCACUGUAUGAGUAUUCUUCGCAGCUGUGAGCAGGGCAGCGGGGUGGAGUAAGUGAAGACAAACGACAACCAUUAACUAUAAUGUUGUUCACUGCUCCUGCUCAGGCUGCACAGAAAAAGCAUUUUGGUUCCUGAAAUUCAUUCUGCUUGUUCAGAUAGCAUCCUGAACUACAACUACUCCAAGCUAUAUAGUUUUGGAAGACCUAAUGUUAAUACUGUAUAGUGUUGUCUUGAAACUGUAACGUAGGCUGCAACACAUUUGAUCUCAACUAUGCAACAGGCUAGUUUCUCAUUGGUAGGCUUGUCUUCUAUGCCUGCUACGUAACAUGCAGACAUAAUAAUCCAUGCUUUUAGUGUAGAUGUGAACAGUUAUGGCCUAAUGCAGGGGUCAGCAAUUUUUUUCAGCAAGGGGCCGGUCCACUGUCCCUCAGAUCUAUAUUUUGAAAAAAAUUAAUGAUGCAAGAGCACCAUGAGCCCCGGUGGCUGCUUGCCUGUGUCUUGCAAGCGGCAGGGGCUGGCGGCGGCAGGAUGAUGAGCGGCACGCGAAAAGGCUCUGGAGAGAGGCUGCUUAAAAUGGCGGCCACUCGAGCGCUGCUGCUGCUGGCACCAACAAAGCCCAGCCCCCUUCCUCCUCUAGGCAGGGCGGGGAGAAGCCAGGAGGAGGGAGGGAGGAGGUGCUGCUGCCAUGUGAGAGAGAGGUAAAGAACACAUGCACUGGUGAUCCACACGCAAUUCCCGGACUGUCUGCGGGCUGGAUCUAGAUUUGGCCCGCGGACCUUGGUUUGCUGACCCAUGGCCUAAUGUGAUUGGAUGCACGCUGUGGUUAUCACCUGUACUAUGACAUUCACCUUUCAAGAAGGCCUUUCAGAAGUGCAGAAGAGGGAAAGAGAGUAGGGACAAGGUGGGCUACAUCUAUUGUGCUUGGCAACACUGCUGUGCAGCAACACAAACUUUUAGUUAGUAACCAUCACUAGGUGAACAAAGCAGACAUUCCUGACGACAGAGUUGCUCUAGAGAGAGUACCAGAACGCAACUGCUCUCCUUGUAAAUCAGUUCCUUUUUCAUUUCAAGAAAGGAAAGUGAUAACGCUCUACAGCUGUAUCCUCCAGUAUCUUGCAACCUCUCCAAAUAACAGAUCAGUGCCUCUUGGUUACUUUGCAGCAACAGGUGUGCUUGGCUCAACAUAGCCAAAGUCUCAAGCUGUCUCUUCAAUUAUGCCUCUUCCUCUGGGCUGGCAGCUACUUCUGAGAUCAGCUUCCUUUCCUGCUGUGUCGAAUUUUAGCAAUUUAUUUUGUACAGUGGAGGUGUCCAACUUGAUCAAGCUAAGCGUGCUUAUCCCAAUCCAACUACAGGCAGGUUUUUCAUCUGAACCUCUUGGGGUUUUGCCCUCUUGCUCAAGGAUGUUAAUUUGGGGGACCCGGGUCACUGGGAAGCUCCUGUGCUUUUACUGAUGGCACUGGUGGGAAGAUUUCCUAGCGCAGAAAUGGGAGAAGCCACACUCAAGUCGACCUGCUGCUUUUUUAAAGGUGUCUGAAAAGGUAUAGAAUCCUUCUCAGAGUCUGGGACAGGCAACUCUUCCCAGCUCAAUUGCUAGCAUUUGUAUCCCACCAGGGGGGUCCACUAACUCACUACUAGCUGCACUAAAAGUGAUGUGUAUAGGUUGAAGUAUGAAUGUUUGUCUUCUGUUGCAGCAGGUUCAGACUGAAGCCUCUUGCCAUUUCUGGGACCUAUAUUAGUUCUUGGUCCCACAUCUCUGCUUCUGAGAGCACACUUCACGGUGCUUGUGUUUUGCAAAUUGUGUUUUUAUUAAGGGAAAUCUCACGAUAGGCAGCUUUCACAUACUUUCGCAAUGUGGGAGAGUCUUAAAUUAGCGACAUGGUUUCCAUGAGCUGUUAAGGAAACGCCGUACCAAAAGCGACACUUUCUUUUCCCCUCUGCCCUUUGUCUGUCGUUUGCAUGGAAAAUCCAGUGUCUCUGGAACCUUGGAGAAAAUGACUAGUGUAUCCACUUUUAGAUUGCUAAAAGCACUUUGAAGAUUCUCUUUCCAGCUAUUCUCGAAAUGCAAAACAAGCCCCCCCGCCCCCCCCAAAACUUAGUGUUUCAUAUGCCUUUGUUUAAAUGUGUGAGAGAGGAGAGGAAAGAUGUGGCUUGUUGUAGUAAUCAAGGCAUGAGUUAUUCUAGGCUCAGUCUCCUUACAGGAACCCAGGAGAAGAUGCAACAUUUUCAACAGAUACCAGGGGAACUGUUAAUGUCCUGACCUGGUGCCCAUAGGCAGUAAUGGGCUGAAUGAAGGGAAAUAACUUGAAGCAAAAUUCAGAAAAGACAGGUGAUCGCGGUUAGAGAGAUGGACUCUUGGGAUAUGGAUUUGGCUUGUUCUGGACAAGACUUGAAAAAUGGGCUUCGUCAUUUGGGGGCACUCCUACAUCAGGCUCUGCAUCUAGAUGUCCAAAUAGUGCUGUUGCUGAAGAUGCAGGGAGUUCACAGGAAGCCAGGUGACAGAAGAUUCAGAGAAGGCAGGUUGUUUGUCUAGAAAUUGUGUCUCAUGGGGGUAGUGACCUUGGGCAAGGAUGCCUUUGCCCAGCUUAGGUUGGUGCACUAUCUGCAUCUGUUCCAGAAAAGAUCGGACCCAGCCACAGUAACGCAUGCCUUGGUUGCAUCCAGGUUGGAUUACUGUAAUGUCCUCUGCAUGAAAUUGCCUUGAGACUUCAGAAACUUGCAGCUGGUCCAGAAUCUAAUUGCAAGGAUGUCACCAAAGAUACCACACCACACAGAUUCUGUAAUACCUGCGUUUGUUGCAAAAUUAUUUCCUUCACAUAAUUUUAAGUGCCGGUGAUGACAGUUAAAACAAUAAAUGGCUUUGUGCCAUGAUACCUGGAUCUAUACCUAAGAUGGAUUAGAGAGACCCAUCUGAGUCCCAUUCAUAGUUGAGGAAGAUAUAUGGAGAGCCUUCUCAGUGGCUGCAUCCAGAUUGUGGAAUACCUCGCCCAGCAAGAUCUAUUUUGCCCCUUCUUACACAUUUCAUUGCUCACUUGUUAAAACUUCCCUGUUCUGGCAACUAUAUAUCUAGCUGGGCAGGUGAAUUUCAUAUGCUGAAGCCUCAUUUGAGAAUGUUCUGACUCUCCCAGCCCGUUUCUGAGUUUUGUGCUGUUCUCUUUUAUGGGAAUGUGCUUUUAGUUUUUUAAUUGUUGUAAAAUGCCAAGUACAAAUGCAUUGGAAGAGUCUGUUUAAUGCAAAUGCACUGGACAGACUGGGUAAAAGUUUAACAAAUAAAAGAGAAAAGGCAGCUUAAUGUAAAUAUAGUCAUAUGGUGGGGGUGCUGGGAGAAUCCUAAUGUUGUGUAUAUACUGAGGGCAUCUGAGCUCAUGGAGUUUGACCAGAGAAGGGAUCUUAGGGUCAUGGUGGAUAGCUCACUGAAAAUAUUGACUCAGUUUGCGGCAGAUGUGACAAGGGUGAAUUACCUCAGGAUCAUUAGGAAAAAAACAAAAAACCAAUUCUUCCAAUACCAUUUUUAGUGUGACCAUGCUUAGUAUACUGUGUACAGUCCAUGUUCAACUGUCUGGUGUCUGACUUCUUCCUAAGUUGGGUCUAAAGCUUUGGGAGCAGCCCAAUUCAGACUACUUUGGAGAAGGCCCAUUUUGUAUCAGACAAGGCCCAAAUCCUUCCAAAGUUGCCUAUUUGGUUCUGGAUUUGGAUUCUCUCUGAAGCAGAUGCAUACUCCUACUAUAUACAGUAGUACCUCGGGUUACAUACGCUUCAGAUUACAUAUGCUUCAGGUUACAGACUCCGCUAACCCAUAAGUAGUACCUCGGGUUAAGAGCUUUGCUUCAGGAUGAGAACAGAAAUCGCAUGGCGGCAGCAGGAGGCCCCAUUAGCUGCAGUGGAACCUCAGGUUAAGAACAGUUUCAGGUUAAGAACAGACCUCCAGAACGAAUUAAGUUCUUAACCCGAGGUACCACUGUAUAACAUGACUUUCAGGAUCCUUGGGAAUCUGCUGCUUAAUACUAGUUGCUAGGGAGCAACAAUGAGGGAGGGUUUUUUGUCGUCAUAUUCUGCCCGUGAGUUUCCCAUAGAUAUCUAGUUGGCAACUGUAGGAAACCGUAGCAUUUCAGUAUUAACCUUUUAGCACAUUGCUUAUACUAAAAAUAAACUUUCAGCUGUUGUCUCUUUAAGUUCUCUGUCCAUAGCCUAUGUAGUGCUAUCAUUGUCUUCAGAAGAAUUUUCUAGUUAACAAGGUUUUGGCUUACAAACCAUUAAGUGGUUAGCAAGCCAGCAAAAUGCACUAAAAGUUUCAAACGUUGGCAUUAAAUAUACAAAACACUGCUCCAUGUUUUGUAAAUAAAAACGCAGCAAAUUCCUUUGAUCAUCUUGUUUCCAGCUACUGUGAAAACUGAGUUUACAACUCUGGGACCCUGGCAGUCAGUGUGCCACUGUAUGAAUUUAAGUUAUGUAAUGACAGGAUCCAGUGAAGUGUCCUUGCUGAGCCCUGUUUGUUCCUAGAACGUGAAUACCUCACAUGCAAUGGUUGCAUCCAUGGAAGAGUUUGCCUUUGUUCUGUAAGUGUGGUCUUGAACUAAGUUUUUGGUUUUUCUCUCCCCCCCCCCCCUUUCCAGUUCUUCCUCCAGUGCUUGUUCCGAGACACAGUGAAUACAACCCACAGCACAGUCUCCUGGCUCAAUUCCGCGUGCCACAAAACGAGCCACACAUGCCACACAAUGCUACUUUCCCAGACUCUUUCCAACAACCCAAUAGCCAUCCUUUUCCUCACUCGCCUAACAGCAGCUACCCAAACUCCCCGGGAAGCAGCAGUGGCACCUAUCCUCACUCACCUGCCAGCUCGGACCCAGGAAGUCCUUUCCAGAUGCCAGGUAAGCUUGCUCCAAGAGGCCUUGGUAGUAAGUUCUCAGUGUUAGGAGCAUGGUUGGGACACUUGUUCUGCUUGGGUCAAUAUCUCAUGGCAACCAAUGAAAAUGCAAAACAUUUGCAUGCUUUUAAAGGUUUCUUUAUGGCAAUUAAAACUACAGUGGAACCUUGGUUCUUGAACUUCAUCUGUUCUGGAGGUCCAUUUGACUCCCGAAACCAUUGGAAAACCAAGGUGCAGCUUCCGAUUGCCUGCAGGAGCUUCCUGCACUCAAGUGGAACCCGCAGCGCAUGUUUGGCUUCCGAAAAACGUACAAAAACCGGAAUACUUAACUUCCGGGUUUGCCGUGUUCGGGAGCCGAUUUGUUCAACAACUAAGCCGUUCAAGAACCAAGGUGUGACUGUACAUACUUUUUGUCAAAAACCAUAAUUUUAUGAUCAGUGCAAUUGGGACAAUAGCUGUAAUUUUUGCCCACUGAACCUUUGGAUGUGUUAAACUUUCACCUGUCAGUUCUUGGAAACUGUGAAUAGGUGUUGCGUAAUGUCUCUCUGGCUUUACCUAGUCUGCAAAGAAAAGUUUUUGAAACUACGGAGCAUCCAAGGAUUUUAAUGAAUUACCACAUAAAGAUAGCAUUAAAAGAUUUAUCUUAGCUGAUCGUGAGAGCAUUAUGCGCUGCUAGAGAAUUGGUCACUGGAAAUUGGACCCAUAGAGUUAUUCACUAGCUAGAACUUCAUUUGUAGAAAAUGAUGUAGCAUAACCUUGAAGUUAGUUACGAAUCUGGUAAAAAAAUGAGGGGAGCUGCACUUGCCCUCUAGAUUAGAAGUCAAAGCAGUGAGGUGCUUUGUUCAACUAGGAUUCCAGAUUGGUGCUAGAAGAUCAAAUCCAAAUGACCAGGGGAAAGCAAUUGUCCAUUAAAAAUAAAACAAAACCCACACUUCGCAUUGGUUCAAGAAGGAGGUUCAACUUUACAGUGGUGCCCCGCAAGACGAAUGCCUCGCAAGACGGAAAACCCGCUAGACGAAAGGGUUUUCCGUUUUGGAGGUGCUUCGCAAAAUGAAUUUCCUAUGUGCUUGCUUCGCAAGACGAAAAUGUCUUGCGAGUUCCUGCGGGGUUUUUUUCCUUUCCCCCCCCUUUUUCCCAAGCCGCUAAACCGCUUAUCAGCUGAUGGCUAAGCCGCUUAUCAGCUGAUCUUUAAGCCGCUUAACAGCUGAUGCUAAGCCGCUUAUCAGCUGAUCUUUAAGCCGCUUAACAGCUGAUGCUAAGCCGCUUAUCAGCUGAUGGCUAAGCCGCUUAUCAGCUGAUCUUUAAGCCGCUGAACAGCUGAUGCUAAGCCGCUUAUCAGCUGAUCUUUAAGCCGCUUAACAGCUGAUGCUAAGCCGCUUAUCAGCUGAUCGUUAGCCGCUUAUCAGCUGAUCUUUAAGCCGGCUAAGCCGCUAAUACUGUAGCGCUAAGCCGCUAAACCUCUAAUGGGCUUGCUUCGCAAGACGAAAAAACCCACAAGACGAAGAGACUCGCGGAACGGAUUCUUUUCGUCUUGCGAGGCACCACUGUAUUAGUAGAAGUAUCUUAUGACAUGAGUUUACAGUGUCUCAAAAGGGCAAAUAGACAAAGAGUAGCAUGAAGUUUGCUCUUUUUAAUGUUGCACAGAAAUAGCCUUUUCUCACUGUUCAUUAGUUCUUCCAAAUCUCUCUUGUGUGUUUUGGGUUGUAAAAAGAUACUAAAGAACUGCUCAGUUGUGUUUAAACUUCUAAAAAAUUAAACCAAUGUAGGAACACACAAACAUGGAUGAAGAGAAGAAGUAUUCAAACUAUUCCUGGUGUAGCAAUCAACAACUGUAUAGCUGGUGACAGCUUAAACCUAAGGAUUCUGGCUGGCUACCCAGCAAUAAACUGGGCUUAGCAGCACUGAUGUCAACAGCACAUGAGUGUAAAUCUUGCUAUGUACUGGAUUGCAGCCCCUGUUUGCUAGUUACUUGGUUCAUCUCCUAAUUGAAAUGCUUUAUUUUGAUGUGAUCAUGCAUUAACAGCUUACCUGAAAGCCACAGGCCACCAGUAAUUCCAUGCAGGUGAGUGGGCUGGUGGAGGAAGGACAGAUCACUCCAUUCUCCUCUGCCAUUUGGUUUCUGUUCUAGAUGUGGAGGAAGGAAAGCCUGAUCCUCAGUUCUGUCCCUCCUCUGUCAUUCCACUCAAUCAAAUGCAUUUUUAAAAAAACUAGCCUGCAUUUCUGCACAUCUUUAAAAGAGGGGGGCUUCCCUUCCAGCAUGAGAAUAUGGGUUCCUCUUAGUAGGUUGGCAACUUUAAUUGGCUUCUUUGUAAGGCUGCUUUAGCUGCUGUUAGUUCUGUUGCAGCACCAUAAUAGGGAAUUAUUGCUGUUGGAACUGGGAAGGUAGGAAAAACUGAAGUACAAUAGUGUUGGCUGAAAUCUUUUUCCAGCAGGACUGAUAUUUAUUAAGCACCUAAAAUCACUAUUGUCAGGGAACUGACAUCGGAGCUAGAGGCGGAGGGAAGGCUCUCAAAUGAUGCUGGAGAAGGGCCCAGAAGGGAGAGAGGCAGCUCAGCAGAUGGGGAAGCAAUUCAGCGCAACACCAGGAAUAAAGAGGGGCAGAUGGGGGAAUCGGCGAGAGGGCUCCCAGACUCUUCACCGGACACCAGUGGGGAGAGCACGGGUCCCCCGCUACCCACGCCCACCCUGCGCAGAAGACUUCCGCGCAGAGAGAGUAGGAGGAGACUGGGUGUCAAACAACUUUUAUGUUGGAAAAGGUUUAAGAAACGCCCACUGACGGAUUCUGCUAGCGACUGAGGCAGCCACGAAGUGAAGGGCUGUCCAGACUGAAAGGUUUAACAAGGCAACAAAGCCAGGAGAGGCAGCAACUUACGCACGAGCAACCCAUACUCUUUACAACUAUCUAUGAUAAACAUACAUUAAAAAAACAAACCUCCUCAAGAUCGCUUAUCUCAUGUAGAAUAACUUUACCUUUAUCUGCUUCAAAGCCUAAUUCCGUAAAAAAGAAACUCUAAACUAUUAUUCCUUGAUCAGAAAAUAAUGGCUUCCGUUGUUAGCCUUGUUUAUAAGAGUUUAGUUUUGUCUAGCAAGUCUCACUUGAGACACAGGAAUGAAGGGUUUUAUUGGGUUAUCAUAAAUAGGUGGAAAUGGUUGCUUGACCUGUCUUAGCACUUUCUACUAAUGUACAAAGAGAAAUUAAAUUAUCUGUCCUGUAUGUUUCCAAUUUAGCUGAUACUCCCCCUCCUGCUUAUCUGCCUCCAGAAGAUCAGAUGACACAGGAUGGUUCACAGCCAAUGGACACCAAUAUGAUGGCACCUUCAAUUCCUCCAGAAAUAAGCAGAGGAGGUGAAACUUUUAGGUUUUUUUCUCCCCCUUUUAAUAAGAAAUGUGGUCUAACAUAUAUAUGUGGCAUGUGGAGUAUAAACAUGGUUGUAGCAUACAUUUUAUGAAUAGGAAGCUGUGAAUGAUCAUAUCUGAAUUAUGGACUUCCAGUAAGUUUCUGGUUGGCCACUGUGAGAACAGGGUGCAGGACUAGAUUUUCUGAUCCAACAGAGGUGGCCUUAGGUUCUUAUGAUUUAUAAUGGUGCACUCAUGCUCUGGACUAAGAGUCUGGCAUAAUAGUAAGUAAAUGUCAGUGGAUGUCUUCUCCCCAAGUAACAAGGUAUGAAAAAUGGUGUUUCAGCCAAACUUGCACCAAAUCAUGCACUGCUUCUUCCUCCUCAUAGCUGCAGGCAAGAUGCUCAGAUAACCAAAGUGUGCAUUCUGUGCCAGCAAGAUUAUUUUUGUAGCCAUCUUGGAAAAAUAAGAGUAGACAACCUCUUGGUUAUUUAACAUUUUGUUUUAAAGCUGGCUCACAACUGAUAAAGCAAAUCUUUGGGUAGUUUUGCUGAUCUGUUCAUUUCAUGUUGCUUGUUGCUGACAAAAGCAAGAAGCAAAUUUAUCCUUGUUUAUGCCUGAUUCUGUAGACCUUCUGCACACAUUAGUUUUCUGAUUGUCCUGUAUCUUUGUCCUGUCAUUCUUGCAUUCCUUAGGAAUAGCCCCAGUAAGCAGAGGGCUGUGUGUCUAACCAGUCUUUAAGUGUUUGUUUGGAUAUUCUGGUCACAACAAACUGCUGUGUACUGGGUCGUAAGAGAUGCAUAUAAAUAGUGUGCUUCUCAUUAGGUUGGCUCCAGUUCAUGUGGCAGGAUCAUAAAAUUUCUGCCACCGGCACUGCCACAUGUAGUGUUGUGUGUUGGCUAGACCAUGACCAUAGCAGUUUCAUCCAAGAGCACUGUCAAGAUGGCUGGAUCUGGAACCAGAUUAUUUUUACAAGCUGUGUUGUUACCAGAAAUCACAGCACUUGCAGCGUUACCCACUUCUGUGUUCACAAUGGCAGUUUCCUGCACGCCCUUCCCACUGUGGCUUUGGGGCCAGAUAUUUUAGCAGGAGGCAGGGAACAGUAUGUACUGGACAGCUGAAGGAUGUUGCAAUCACAAGCACAGAAGUAGUAAUACUGCAGGCCCAACGACUAGUAGCAACUAGUGGCAGAUGCUCCCUCUAAAUCUGGUAACUUUUUCCUCCCCUGAUCUUAAUAUCCCUCCCUUCCCGUUUUUUUUUUCUUUUUAGAGGGUGAAACUACACUUGCUUAUUUCCUUUACACUUACAUUGUUUACGCACACCUGUUUCCCUUAAUUCUGUGAGCUCAUUUCUCUACUCCUGUACCUCUACCUGGUACGUACGGUCACAUCCUUUGUUUUAUAGCCCUUCAGAAAAGGUCUGCUGAAGUUCGCAUAUAGGAAGGGCACCGGCAGUAAACGUAGGCUCAAGCACUCUCGCUGCAGACAUUUAGAGAGGCCUGUUCUUUGUGAAGAUUUGUUAGUCUUAAGAGAUUUGACUUAACAAGCUGCAUCCUGUCAAUGAAGUUGGGUAACUCCUAUUGUUGGCUCAUGCUGGGAAUGGAGAGACAAAGCACACCUGCUCUGCAUGACUUAAGGCAAAUGUGAGGAAGUUAGUAUGAAAUCUGUGUGAGAGAGAUAUGAUUUCAUUCUGCAGGAAUGGCCAGCUGGCAGGAUUUCUUCCCCAGUUUGAGAACUAGGGCAAAGCUGUGUGCAGCCUUAAUGGUUGCUGGCAUCUUACUGUGAAGAGAGCACCUACUAAUAAUUAAAGGCUGCCGUACAGUGACUUGAAAGGAUUAAAAAUAUCAUGGCUUGUUUGAAUCAGCACUUCUUUGCAUAGCUUUGGUAAUCAGUGAACAGGAUGGAGAAAAGCCUUAUUUACAAAAAAGUAUAUACCGCUGUAUCAUAAAAAUAUACCAGCAGUUUACAACAAAAUAAAAACAGUUUAUAUUGUGGUAGGUUACGAUAUAUUAUAAGUUUAAAAACUAGUUAAAAGCAAAAAGAAAUGAAAAAAACAAACAACAAUAGACCAUGAUGAGGGAUGUACUCUUAAUUGCCUGCAUAAGCCUGAUGGAAUAGAAAAGUUUUCAGCAGGUGUUUCAAAGUUGGCACAGAAGGUGGCUAUUGGCAAGGUGCUCCACAGGACUGGCCAAUGGCACUAAAGGCUCAAAUUCUCAUUGUUGUCAUAUGAGGCUCACCAGCUUGGGGAAUAUAGUCUGCCAUCUUCAGUUCCAUAGAAUUGGUUUCCUACAGCCAAAACUAUAUUUGUUACUGUCAUUGGUUGACUCUCCCUUCUUAACUACCACAAGUCACUGUGGUGUAGUGGUUUGUGUCAGACGAAGGCUGAGAGUUCUCAAAUUCAGAUCCCAAUCUGGCCAUGAAGCCCACUUUGGGCCAGGUGGAAAAAGGCCUGCAAGGCAGGGAGCAGAUCUUCCAGGAGUCACAGCUAAGAUGGUCAGAGUGCCCCAGGAGGUCAUUAUGAUGGACAACUGAGGCCAGGGUAUGCCAGCCCAGCAACAGCUGUAGUACAAACACUCCUAACUGAAGAAGGCAAUUGGGACUUCUGUGGCUGGCUGAAAUCCUGGAGUACUAGGAACCUCUUCCUUCAGGGACAGUGCAACCCAUUCUGGAUUGGGUCAUCCACCUGAUUCCUGAACACAGGAACCACCUACCCACAACACCUCUGUGUUAGAAGGAUUCACUCUCAGUUGGUUGGUUUCCAACAAGCCCAUCACUGCUUCAGGGCCAACAGCAUUUUCUCAGCUUCGGAUCCAGUUGACAUGGACAGAUAAGUGCUAAGUACUUGCAACACCAUGCUCCAAAUCCCCAGCAACCAGUGGUUUAACAUGGCAGUUGAGUUACCAUAGGAGACAGAAUGGAUCCUAAAGGGUGAGACCCUGACUUGCAAGUGCAACUCCACCAUGAUAUGGACAUUUGCUCAAGGUGGCAAAGUCUUUUGAGCAAUAGUUCCUGGUUCAAAGCAUACAUUUUGAAUUGCAUACUGUCCAAUGACUUCAUUGUAAAUAGGCAUGGUUUACGGUAGCACAUCUGGGUUUACUAAAGCGUUGAAGCGGGCUGUGAUGAAAAGGAUUGCCACUAGAAGACCAGUCAACAUGGUUUGGUAAAUUGAGUGAGACCUGGUAGUUUUCUUUCUAGCUCAUUUGCCACACAAACACAGCCCACCUGCUCAAACAUAGAGAUAAGUAAAGCUUACUGGUUACAAUCAUUUUGGGGGGAAGCCAGUCUAAUCAUUCUACUGCAGGGACUCUCAACCUAACCAAUUAGUAGAUUAUCAGUACUGCAGUCGCAGUUUUUGUGAGUCUACUUUUAAAGCAGGGUGGUAAAAAGAAUCUGCUCACUGCUUAUUAAAGUACCAGUUAGAGCUCCUUCUCUUUUCGCUAUGUGGAGGCUUUGAUUGAAUUGCUAGUGUGGCUCAUAUGUAUUGCAUAAUAGGGCAUUGUGGGAGAAUGACUUCUAAUUAGCAGCUGCGUAGCCAGAUUAUUUUUUUCCCCUUUUGGUUCUUCAGUGAUCUUAAGCCAAAACCUACACACUGAAAAUAAAUAAAACUUUAAAGCUCAGGAACUCAUUAAUUCUAGUGUCACUGAUUUCUGAUUUUCCUCCUUUCCAGAUGUUCAGGCAGUUGCUUAUGAAGAGCCAAAACACUGGUGCUCUAUUGUCUACUAUGAGCUUAACAAUCGUGUUGGAGAGGCAUUUCAUGCCUCUUCAACAAGUGUGUUGGUCGAUGGCUUCACUGAUCCUUCAAACAACAAGAACAGGUUUUGCCUAGGGCUGCUCUCCAAUGUUAACCGGAAUUCCACCAUUGAGAACACCAGGCGGCAUAUUGGCAAAGGUACUGUGGGGUUUUGUUCAUAUUUGAAAGUGGAAAGAGAGGAGCUGGGAUGCAAGCAACAUUUGUUUGCCUCAAGGCUUCAUUGAGAAGCAACAUAUUCAGCGUUACACAAUGUAAUCUCCUUGCAAACAAGGAAAUUUUGACAACACAUAGAAACAGGGUUGCGCACGAUCCGACUUCCAACUGGACAGUUUUCUCCCAAAUUGUUUGGUUGGAAUAUAAACCUCUUGAGCUGCAACUAAGCUGGUGGAUCUAUUACUACACAAGGUUCUUAUAUAGGGGUUAAAAUCACUAUUGGGCUCCCUGAUGCAGCUACAGGAGUAUUAACAUAGCUUGCAAAAUAGUGGGGAAGGCUUUUUUGCAAAGGGCAGAGAAGUUGUCAUCUCUUGCUUUCCCAGUUCAGAAUCUGAAAUUGUUUCCAAGGUAAAAUAGUACUGAGAUCCAUAGGAGAAAAAGAGGAAUCACUUAAAAUUUAUCUUUAUCUUUUAUAGAAGUGUUUGUAUUACAGUAUAUGCCAUCUGUUUUAACCCAUAAUACCCCCAAUAUAUAAAACUAUAUAAAAAAAAUUAUGUGCUGUCUCCUUUAUUUUAAGAAGUGAAGUAAUUUAGUAAUGUUCUGGUUUUCUGUAUAAUUUGUCUUUCUAGAAGCAUUUGCUUUUUGUCUGUCUCUCUCUCUCUCUCUUUAACAAAUAAAAGAGAGAUGGUCUUGAGUGAAGACUAUAGCUUCUAUACUUUAAAUUGUCUUGGAAUAAAAAUAGUUUAGUCAAUUAUUUGUAUUAAUAAUUCCCUACUUGGUUUUGCUGGAAUAUGACUUUGGUUUUACAAAGCCAGAUAUGAACAAGGGAUACUUUCCCCCCCAGGGUAUGACUGGUAUUUUGGCUAUAUAAAAGAUGGUUUUCUCUUCCAGGUAUGUGUAAGACACAGUUGGGGACUAUCCACUACUGGUGCCUUUAAAACUAUUCAGAACAUGCCUUUUGGUGGUGCACUGAAGGACUUUUAAAAGUUUGAAUAGCAGCAGGGUUUUAAUCUUUUCCCCCUGUAACAGCCCCAUUCCUUACUAGGGAUCUAGUUAUGAACAAAUUAUUUAAUUACAUUUAUAUCUUCCGUUUCCUCCAAGAAGUUCAAGGUGAUACACAUGGCAUUUUAUUUAUCCUGUCAACGAUCUGUAAAAUAAGUUAGGCUGAGAGAUAGUAUUAACCCAGUUGAGCUUCAAUGUUUGAGGAGGCCGUUGAACCCUGUAGUAGAUACCCCCGGUACUAGUCUGACAUUCUGACCAUUAUGCCACACUGGUGGCCCAAUUUGAGAAAAUAGCUGUAGUUGAAUCAGUAUUAGUGCCUGGGACCUAUAGCUAUGCAGCACAUAGGAACUCCGAUUUCCUUUUACUAAAGGGUUCAGUAAAAUGUCUUAGCCUUAAAUUUUGCUUUUGAAAAUUAUCACACGCACACUACUAGAUUACCACUUUUAUUUUGCAAAGAAAUAUGCAUAUUUAAGAAGAUCUGCUAAAACUACAGUAAACCCCAAUCUAAAUAGAAGCUAAAACUCAGACCAGAUAAUAUGAAGAAGAACUUGGUUUGCUAAUGAGAGUUGAGCAGAUGUGGUUCUAUCCCAUUGGUUUCAUUACACACAAAUUCACCUGCAUCCCCUAGUUUUUAACUAGAAAAAUCUUUCAAAUCUAAGGAUAUGUGCAGAUGUCCAGAAAAGCAGAUGUCCAAAAAAUGUUGUCCAUACAGCAUGCGAAUAAUAAAUUUGGACAACUGCAUUUAUGCGGUUGGGCCAAGUAUGUAAAAUUCAUGCAUCACUGCGGAGAAGGUGUGUGAUUCUCAUUUGGACAACAGCACCAGAAAAUACUCAUACCCAUUAAUUGCUGCUUUGAAUACCUGCAGCAGUCUGAAGUGCUUUGACUUCAGAAUAAAACUAACAGAAUCAUGUCUCUCUUAUAGGAGUCCACCUGUAUUAUGUCGGUGGUGAAGUCUAUGCAGAGUGCCUUAGUGACAGUAGUAUAUUUGUGCAAAGUCGAAAUUGCAAUUACCAUCAUGGCUUCCACCCAACUACAGUCUGCAAAAUUCCAAGUGGCUGCAGUUUGAAAAUUUUCAACAACCAAGAGUUUGCUCAACUUCUGGCUCAGUCGGUGAACCAUGGCUUUGAAACUGUGUACGAACUCACCAAGAUGUGCACUAUCCGCAUGAGCUUUGUAAAGGUAAGCAAGGCUUUGGGGUGAGUGUGCCUUCACGAGGCCUUGGCCUGGGAAAAAGAAUGAACUUGAGUUGAUACUGUUAAAUUUUAGACCUCGCAUCAAUACAACUCUUGCUAUAAUAGCAACCUAGACAGACGAAGGCAUGUGCAUGCAAAUGCUGCCCAAAACUUAAAUCUUUUAGGGGCUGCUGCUGAGCCUGCUCAACAAAUCCUCCAAAAAAGUACUCUAGAGCUGAAGCCAAGUAAUACUUGAUUUUUUAAAAUUGCACUGUGUCUUUCAUGUUAAUCAACCUUAAAACUGAAAGAUAUUAACCUGGAUUUAGUGAAGUGUAGCUCUAGCUCCAGAAUCAGUGGCAGCACUUAAAAAAAAAAAAAAGUAAGAAAAUUAUAUCCACUUUAUUUGCACAAAAAAUCAUGUUCAGCAGCAAAUGUCUGUCAGUUAAAAAAACCCCAAUAAUAACAGUAAUAAAGCAAUAAAACUAUACCUUGUGACAGGAGAAAAAUCACCCCAGUGGGUCUAAUGCCUAUCAGAAAUGUCUUUCCUAUUAAGUGGAAGGCCGGUAAGAAGCUUGGUAGGUGCUCCCUGUGCAGGGAGUUCUAUAAUCUGGGUGCAGCCACUGAGAAAUAGAGAAAUGUUGUGUUUGGCUGACUUGUUCAGUGGUACCUUAACAUCCAUCAAAAAAAAUAAAUCUCUGAAUUUCUAGAAAUAAGGUGCACAGACACUGGAUACAAAAUAGAUGGCAGUGUGUAUGGGGGAAAAAUAGUAUAAAGAAUUGAGAGAGCAGCACUGCCUGACUAAACAUCAACAGGUGUUUUCCCUUGAAAGUAGAAGACAUUACAGCACAAGCUGCCCCACCCCAUUGAGCGUGAUCACUUACUUGGAAGAUUCAUGUCUUCAGGGCUUUCAAUCGGGCCCAUCUGGCAAGGUUUUAAAUCUACUUCAAAUUAAAAUUCAGAGAUCAGAAAAUGGUUGCGCUCCUUUAAUGCAAAAAAUAAAAAUAAUGUCUCCUUUAUUCAAUACGACGCCAUGUUACUGUCUUUGGAUUCUCAGAAUGCAAUUAAAUCUGUAGCAAGAAUUGUUGUAACAAUCACUCUGUGUUUCUAGGGCUGGGGAGCAGAGUAUCAUCGGCAAGAUGUCACAAGCACACCGUGCUGGAUUGAGAUUCACUUACAUGGUCCCCUUCAGUGGCUGGAUAAAGUUCUUACGCAGAUGGGCUCUCCUCAUAACCCAAUCUCUUCUGUGUCUUAA